CACCUUCCUUCCUUUCUCUCUCUCUCACUCUUAAGCUUUUUAUUUUAUUUCUCUCUCUCUCUCUCUCUCUCUCAUCAUCUUCCAUUUUUCCAUGGCAGCUCUAGAAAACCAUUACCAAACCAAACAAAACAACAACAAUAAUCCGGCCACCACCCGCUUAAAGCUCUUUGGGUUUGACGUUCAAGAAGAUCUUGAUCAAGACGAUUCCACACCCACCUCCUCCGACUCCGGCGCCGCCGUUCCCUCCUCCGGCGACCGCAAAUACGAGUGUCAGUACUGUUAUAGAGAGUUCGCCAAUUCCCAAGCUCUCGGCGGCCACCAAAAUGCCCACAAGAAAGAGCGUCAACAGCUCAAACGCGCCCAAUUACAAGCUUCCCGAAACGCAGCCGUUUUUAGAAACCCCAUCGUUGCUGCCUUUGCUCCGCCUCCUCACCUCCUUCCCUCCGCCGCCGUUACGGCUUCCUCUUCUUGGCCGGUUUAUAUCCCGCGGGCUCCACCUCAAUUUCAAGUGUCUCAUGGUUGUGUUUUUACUCCGUCCUCAUCUUACGGCGGCGGCGGCGACGCUCCACCACCACCGUCGCCGCCGGAUUUCUUCACGAUGGGGUCUCGGUCAAGUCAUGGGAUGGUGGAUGCUCCGAUGUCGCUGAGCCGGUUUUCUAAAGUGGACGGUGGAACCGCGUUCGAUGAUGGACCCGGUUUGGAUUUGCAUCUUAGCCUCGCUCCGGCCGCCCCAUGAAAAUUAAAGUCUCCAUCUUUUUAAAAUUUUUUUUAGAAAUUAAUGGUUAGAGUUUUGCUCUUUAAGCCACUGGUUUUUCUUUUUCUUUUCCUUUUUUUAAUGUGAGAAAUAGAAGGAAUUUAAUUUAGAUCAAACCAGAUGGGCUAAGAAAAACAAAGAUGAAAAAAAAAAAGAAGAAGAAAGGAAAAUCUUUGAACAUGUUCAUGAUGAUUCUUCCACCAUCAUCCAUCCAUCCAUCCAUCCAUCAACCUUAUUGUAUAUUUUUCAAAUUUAUUUAUUUAUUUUUAAUUUUUGUCGACUAUUUAAAAGGUUUCUUGGUAA